GAUGAGCGAAAAGAGGAGGAGGAGGAGGAGGAGCAGCAGCGAGGAGGCAGGCAGUCACAGGAGGAAUCGGCGACAGCGGCAGGACAAUGGGCUGUCUCCGCUACAGAUCAUAACGGGCACCGGGUUUGCUUUAACUAACUGGAUUACCAGGUGGGGAAUGUAAAACAGCACCAGGAUGUGGCCCCCUUUAUCACUGUUAAUCUGCUGUUCACCCGGGGGCUUGUGACUUACCAAAAAUGAUGAAGACUGAGCCCCCAUCGGCCACAGGGGGGAAUGGGGCCUCAGGUGGAAACAACGGGGGUUCCAAUCUGCGGAGUCCCUCGCCCCACCGCAAUGCCUAUGAGGCAGGGCUGGCAGCUCUGAAGAAGGCAACUGACCACCUCAACAAUGCGGCCAACGGAGCCCCUAACUCUGGCUCCAAACCUCCACUCCUGCCCCGUCCGACUGGAAGGGGCAAGCGGUAUGGAUCCAACGUCCACCGCAUCAAGAACAUGUUCAUGCAAAUGCAGUCACCAGGUGAUGAAGAGGAUGGUGCCAAAAUGUUAGGUAAGGACGAGGCACUGAAACUAUCUAUUCCAAGGGCCUCUAGUCUCAAUGAGAAUGUCAACCACAGCGCCUUGCUGAAGCUUGGGGAUACAGUCUCAGAGAGAGUCAACAGAUUUGACUCUAAAACAGGUGCAGAGAGCGGAAGCUCAUCUUUUGGUCUAUCCAAGCUCCAGGAGACCAGGAGAAUCUUUGAACAACGGACUCUACAGGAAAAGCAGGCCGCUACCAACCGCAUCUUGCUGACGAAGGAGCGGGCAUCUGGCUUUCAGGGCAGCCGUCUAGAUGUCGUGGCCCGCUUUAACGGGUCCACUGAAGCCCUAGAUCGACUGGAUGAUCCUCCUGCUCCCAGUCCUGCUACUGUUCCCUCUGCUGCAGCUUCCGUCGGCCCAAGUGAGGCGGUUAGCCCCACUGUGAGCCAGCUAAGCGCAGCGUUUGAAAAGGGUGACGUGCAAAGCAAUCUCUACCUCCCCCAGCGUCGGUCAGCCCCUGCCUUAGGGCCAAAACCCAAACCUCCAGCCAGAGCAGAUGCAUCUGAACAAAAGGCACAUCUUGUUGGUAAGGAGGCCAAAAAGGAGAUGACAGCAGAAGCUACAAGCACCAUGGCACCUCAGCCACCGGAAGAAGUAGGUUCUGUACAAAGGAGCACUGCGGGACAGGCUAUAAGUCAAGAGAAGGAUGGGUUUGGACUGUCCGGAGACAGCUACUUAAAUUCAUCAGUGUCUUCAAUUACCGUGACUGUAACAUCUGCCUCAUUCGAGGCUAAAUCUGAGCCCGGUGCCCAGGAGGAAGAAACUGAACAAAUGGGUACAACUAUGGUGGAGUCCCAGGCCAAAGAAAAGGAUUUCUCCACUGAGGCAUCUGGAGGGACGUUGGUGCAGGCUGAGGUUCAUGCUUGUCUGGAAAAGGGAGAGAAAGAACCUCCACCUUCCUCUCCCACCUCAGGCGAGAAAGGAGAAGACUCUGAAUGGAGGGAAAAGGAGGAGUAUGAGAAUGACGAGGAUGGCUCACGCAGGGAGGAUUACUCUGAGGGAGAUCUCGUAGAUAUCAGUGCAUACAGCGGAAUCGGUGAGGAGGAUUCAGGUGGAAGCCAGCUGGACGAUGAGGACGACGAAGAAGACGAGGAACCUUAUCAGCCAGAGAGCAGUUGCUCUGAAAUGCCCGGCCUCCCCGAGGAAGAGGAAGCUCCACCACCCAGCAGAAAGAUUUGUUUCAGCACAGAACCAAUUAAGGUCUUCACCACCUACUCUAACGAAGACUACGACCGGCGCAAUGAUGACGUUGAUCCCAUGGCUGCCUCGGCCGAGUAUGAGCUUGAAAAGAGAGUUGAAAAACUGGAUUUGUUUCCCGUUGAGCUGCAGAAAGACAGUGAUGGCCUCGGUAUCAGUAUCAUCGGCAUGGGAGCGGGAGCUGAUAUGGGCCUGGAGAAACUGGGGAUCUUCGUGAAGACUGUCACAGAGGGUGGAGCCGCUCACAGAGACGGCAGGAUCCAGGUGAAUGAUUUGAUAGUGGAGGUCGAUGGGACCAGUCUGGUUGGUGUUACUCAGAGCUUUGCUGCCUCUGUCCUCCGCAACACCUCAGGCACAGUCAAGUUUGUUAUUGGCAGGGAAAAGCCGGGGGAGCAGAGCGAAGUGGCUCAGCUGAUCCAGCAGACUCUGGAGCAGGAGAGAUGGCAGAGAGAGAUGAUGGAGCAGAGAUACAAACAGUACAUGGACGAUGAUGAGGAGACUGGCGAAUAUGCUACAGACGAGGAAGAAGAGAUGAGUCCAAUGUUUCCGAACUCCAUUGAGGUUUUCGACUUGGCAGAGAACCAGGACAUGUCUCCUGUGGAGCUGGACCCUGAGAAGUUGGCCCACAAAUUUAAAGAGCUCCAGAUCAAACAUGCAGUAACGCAGGCAGAAAUCCAGCUGUUAAAGAGGAAGCUGGCUCAUGCAGAGCAGGAGAAGUUGCGUUGGCGGAUGGAGCGCGCUCAGUUGGAGCAAAACAUCAGAGACAGCAAGGAGAGGAUGGAGAAGCUUGAGGGCUACUGGAUGGAGGCACAAUCCCUGUGUAAGGCUGUGGAUGAACACCUAAAGGAAACCCAGGCCCAGUACCAAACCUUAGAGAGGAAAUACAACAAAGCCAAGAGAAUGAUUAAAGAAUACCAGCAAAAGGAGAUCGAGUACCUGAAGAAGGAGACUGCUCAACGGCGUGCACAAGAAGAGAGCGAGGCAACACACAAAGAAGAGACGGAUAACCUGCAGGAAAAGAUUACAGAUCUGGAGACCAAAGUGGAUGCCUUGAAGAGCCCUUCACCAUCCUAAUCUGCUGCUAAGUCCUACCUCCUGUCUGUGACCAGAAGAGGAGGUGCUCAGCCUUCAUUCAGACCAGGACCAUAUGAAAUUCUAAUUACCCAUUUGCUGCACGGACAGAGUGUAAAAGAACUAAAAUGGCUGUUGUAAAAGAUAGACUGAGGAGGAAGUGACCCCUCAUCCUAUCCCAGAAUGCACCACCUGUAAUAACUGGUAUCCUCCUUUUUUGUGUCUUCCUGUCAACCAGCUUGGCAAUCAACAAAAAUCACAAUCACUUGACUUGUACCCUGUCUGUGAAUGAUCGGUUUUUUUCCCCACUCCUCAUCAACAGUAUCUUACCAGGUUCUAAUUAUUAUUCAACUGACUUCAUGAAAAUAAAAGCGCUUUUAAUACCCAGGCUCGUCACAAAGUGCUUUAUAGACAGUGGGCAUGAAUGUGGAACAAAACAGAACAAAGGACAAAUGAUUCUUGCUUUUUGAAAUCAGUGAACCACGUUUUGCUUCUUUUUUUUUCCUCUGGAGUUUUGUUGAGGGAUCCUUAUGAAGAGGACAAGUUUUUCUUCUGUUCUUUGGCGUCGAUCAAUUGACUCAACAACUACUGAGACGAACAUUCUGAUAAACUGGCCAAUGACCAGACAAGGAAACAUUACACAAUGUUUAUAUGGAAAAAGCCAACUGACCGCUGGAAGUUAAGUAAUAAAAACAAUGAAAAAAAUGAAAAACACAUUUCUCAUCAAACCUGUGAAACUGCAGAGAGCCUACAGCUAUCUGUCUACGAUAAGGUUUGAACUGCGGAGGCACGAUGGUGUAUAUACUCUCUAUACAUUUAUUUAAAAGCCUUUAAAGGCAGUUCAGUGGAUCUGGUAGAUGAGAAUAAGUUAGUGCCAUGAGGGAACGACGACCCCUCGCUGUUAGGGGAAGGCUUCAGUAUUCCUGUUUCAUCUCUUCUAUCAACAUUAGUGGCAAACAGGGUGUCAACAGUCUAUUCUGUGCGGGUAGAGCUUCUUCUGGCGUGUGUUGUUGGUGUCUGCAGUAUCUGUGGGCUUACAGGCACACCAACCUUCAGCUCUUCAUUCAUUUAUGUAAUACGUUUUGAGCCGCUGCAGGGGCUGGUUGUUAUCAGGUUUCAGGAAAUUACUCUUCAAGCCGAGUAGAGUGGCAUUCUGAGAGUGUCUUAUGUGGCGCAGAGUUGGGGAUUUAUGCUAAGCAGGGAACAUUCAGUUUACUCCCACAUUCAGAGCUAAGUUAUUCAAAGAGAAAUACUGGAAAAAUCUUCUACUUACAGUGUUAACACCCUUGUUAUUACGAUUACCCUUUGACAGAUCUUUCAAACGCUUUUCCACAUAUAAUGUGAGACAUGUUCUGUUUAAUUCAACCAAAAACAAACACAUUUUUUAAGGGAAGAAAUGUAAAAAAUUAAAAGCUGCAACCACCUGGUUUCAUAAAUGUGUACAACUUUAAACUAAAACUUUGUUGAAACGCCUUUUUUAUUGAGUUUCAGUCCUCCUGGGUUCACACCUGCCAUCAGUUCUACUUAGUCUAAUUCACCUGACAUAAAGUUCUGCUGUCCUAGCAGGAUUGUCCUGACAUUUGCUCAUUUACGCUAUAGCGAGUUCACUGAGAAGGUUCCAAGAAAAACCUCAUGGCAUUACCCAUGGCACAGUGAAGGGAGUGACUUAUUACUGGAGGAAAUAUGGGACAACAGGGACAUUACAAAAACUAGACAUUUCUCCAUAAAUGAUAAAAGGAUGAGACUCAAACUGGUCCUUUGCUAAAAGCAACACAGGAGGAGCUCCAGGAGUUUCCGACAGCCACAGUUGUGAUCUAAAUGUGACAACUGUCUCCUGUAUUCCCCAUAUGUCUGGGCGAAGGAGUAGGAUUUCUGAAGAAAACAUCUAAACCAGGCUAAAAUCGCCCCCAACAAUGAAUAAACUGGACCCAUGUUUUACAUCAGACCCAACGUUUUAUCACCUAUGUAAAAUUGUAGAGCCACUAAAAAUGUAACUGAGAAUGACCCACAUCCGUUCUGUAGACAUGUACUAAAAUCAACUGAUCUGUAAUACAGAAUUAGUUUUUAAAAAAUCAACAAAUUUAUUGGAUAAUAUUCUGUUCUGUUUUUACUGGCUUCUGCAAAGCUGGUUUAAUCUAUAAAACUAUAUGCUGAUUCUUACAAGAAAAAAGAAAAUGUCAGAGUUCUGGUUAGGAAACCUGUGGCUAAUCCAUAGUUCUAUCCAUAGAACCUCUGUCUUCAAUUGAUCUUAUGACAAAAGCCCAUGCAAGCAAAGUGAAGCACUAAUCUAUUUUUCUAUAUUUAGUAUUACAUAAGUGCGACAUGUUAAUUAGAUACUUGGUGUAACUAUUAAACAUGUUUAAAUAAACCAUUAUCCAAAUAGUAUUAAAUACUAGUAACCUAAAUGCUGCCAGUUGUCUAGUUUGAAAUGAUGGUGCUAAUUUUCCCAGCCAACAUUUACAUAUGGGGCCCAUAUGCCUAGAAAAUCUGUUGAAUGAUAGGGGGUUGUCCAUGGGUCACAAGAUGACCCCAGGUUUAUUACCUACACAGUUUUGAUGUGGCACAACACAAUUGGUCUUAAAUGUGGUUACAUGAACAGACCUGAUUUCCUUAAAACUUAUUUGAGACCCAGCUAAGACCUACAUGGCUUUGCCAAUUCAGAUUGUGUUUAGUUAACCUAAUUGAGUUCCAUAUAAGAAGCUUAUUGUGAGCCCACAUACUUCCCAUCCAACCUGAGCAAAAUCAAUGUGGCUCCCACAUGCAUGUGAUUUGGGGUUUUGGUGUAGUGCACCAUCUAGGGUUAUAAGCUGUCAAUAUCUUACCUGCAGUACAUUAUUAUCUUAGCACCUGUACUUUAAUGAAAGAGACAUUUUUUUCAAGCUAAUGGCUAGCCAAAGUUGGCACAAGAGCAAAGCAAAUGUCUACUAUCAUAAAACAACUUCAAUCUCAAAGAUGUCAUAGCUGUUCAUGGAGAAGCUAUUUUAGCAUUCUUGCUAAUACAAGUGAAUUUUGUUGUAUUUUAAACAGAAUGUGUUAAACACAUCUGGUCCAACAAGCUGUAAUACCAAAAUAUAACAGACACCUAGGACUAUCCAUUUUUUAAAGCUUUUCACAUUACAUUCGUACAGACACAAACUAACUUGAUCUUUGUUACAAAUAACUGUAGUCGUCUAUGUAAAUUACCAUAUAUUGUAUGUAUUACAGGUAAGAUAACCACUGCUGAUACCCCCUCAGUUAAACCCACUUGGAAAAUCUAAACUAUCCCUUUUGAAAACAUGAGUUUUUAUUUUAGAUUUCUGGUAACAGUGUUAAAAAUGCCAACUGUAUCAAAAUGUUUAAAUGGAGUUUAAUUUACUGUAACAGACCCUUGGUAACACGCUUUUUCAUUUGAAUGUUGGAACUUCUAGUGUCAAAACAGUUUGAAAUUGUAACCCCAAAAAUUAGCAUCCAAAAUUGUGGAUUGAUUUACAGAACAUGUAAUGGCUCAUAAUCCUGAGUACAGAAUAUUUCAGUUCUGUAAACUUUAUAUUUCAGCAUGCCAUAUUGAUUUCCUGCAUGUAACUGUGCUUCGCUAGUAGGUUGCUACAAGACAAACAUGCUAGUAGCGAAUGAUUUCAUGCUAAUUUAAACCCCUGUAAGGGUAACAAGUACAAACUGCAGCUGUUACAAAGAAAUGGCAUCUAACACUUUACUUGAUAUUCACAUUUAGUUUGGUUUCUGUUCUUUGUCGUUACCUAGUAAAACCUUAUUUUGUGAAUGGGCAUCUAAAAAUUAUUUUAAAGCCGUAUUUGAUUUAGUAAUUUUCCUUAUCCACCAGCUGGUAAGACGUUUCUUAACCUAACAGGAUAUGGUAGUUUAAUUUCUGGUUUACAUUAGUGUUGGGACACUCUGACAAGAAAAAUAAUUUUCUGUACUUGUGAGCAAACUAUUAUUAGCUUAAAAUUAGAUGGUCCCUUGAGCCAGUGAUAACUACGUAAAAGAGGGAAAUAUAGUCAAAUGACUGCUAGGGGCUCUCUGGUGGUGUAUCAAACUUAAUCUCGUUGUUGAAAAAAUAACAUCUUUGUUCUGGUAAAUAUAAAAAGAUGCAAGCAGUUUCACCUUCUGAAAGUCAGUUUUUAAUUGGCCAUGUCACAUUACUGUUACAGUACAGUCUAUUUGUUUUUACAAUAAUAUCUUUAGCUGAUUAGAUGUUACUGGUACCCACUGGGGAUUAAUAGUUUUUUUAUGGAAGGUCAAAACGGUGCUUUCGGACAAUGUAGAAGCAUUCAAUCAAGUUGCUGUUGUGGCUAAGAGCAGCAGGUUGUUUGUUUUUAAUUUCUUUAAAGCCAUAAAUAUGCUUGCUGGCAAGCUCUGGUUAGAACACAUUGCUGUUAGUAGUGAGACAUUUCAUUGGGCCCAUUUUGUUUCAGUCGUAAAUCAAUUUAUCUGUAGUUUUUUAUGUUUUAUAUCCAUAAAAAUCUUCAAAAAAAUCAUACAGUUGUCAAUUAAGGUAUUCUCCCUUCUAAAAUCAUACAAUACAAAUGUCAAAAACACAUAUUUACAGCUAGGUAUUUGCUUUGAAGAUCCUUAUAGUAGAGAAGGUUUGAUUGUAAUCUUCAUGUGUGUUCAGAGACUUUUGGUUACGUGUUUAAGCAAAGAACAGUUAGAAGCGGGAUGAUGACCUUCAUAUCUUUGUUUGAAUACCUUUCUGUUGUUGUUAAUGAGAGACUACACACUUGCUGUAUACGGCAAACACAGUUGGGAUUUUGUUACUAUUUACACCAAGUAUUUGUUAAGAAGACUGCAGUAUGUUUAAAUAUUAGUUGUAUUGGAUGGGAACAAAUGUGUUUGAGAGACAUUUGUUUUUAAUAGAAUGAAAAUCAGCCAUAAGCAACUCAUUUGAGUCCUGUUAUGGUAUGUCUUUAGUAUUUUUAUUACAGUUUCAUCUCUAUUUUGAAAUCAUGUGAGCUGUAAAAUAGCCGUUGUAUCACCAAAAUCGUGGUCACUUUGGGUUUAAUGUCUAAACAGAGAAAGUGAUCAGUUUGCCUUUUAAUUAUGUAUUAGUUAACAUGCUGCUUUUGCCUCUAUGAAGCCUUUACAUGUGUUUUAACUAAAGCUGUCAGCCAUUACCUGCCAUUGUCUGCCCAUUGCUCAUGUCUGCAUUGAAAACAAUAAACUGAAUAAAAUGAA